AUGAAUCCCCCAUGGAUACAUGACCAUGGACUUCGAUUCACCCACCCAGACGAGAACUUCCUCUCCCGCUCGAGACUACAACCCCCGCAAGCGUGGAAGAACGGCUUGCACUCGCUGCAAGACUCCUACACCCGCGCUCUAGAAGACCGCAUUGCCUUUCUCGAGUCGCAGCUCGAGGCCAGGCCCAUGAGCAGCAAUGCCAGCAGCACCAUGGCGCACCCCGUUGCCGCACUCCUGUCGCCGCAGACCCAGGAGACCGCGCACCGGAGCUCAGCACCGGGCAUUGAUCACAACGCCGUCGGCGAGCUGGUCGGCUUCCUGGCGCUGAACUCGUCCGAAGCCCCCGCGUACAUCGGGUCCAGCUCGGGACUCUCUCUGGCCGCCAACCUCGGCGAGAUGGUCCAGGCGACGGUGUGGAACCAGGUGCUGGCCCCGUCGCGCGGCCAGCAGAGUGCCACGCCCGACGGCAGCAGCCAGACCAUGAGCAACGGGUCGUCGGGGCUUCCCCCGCAGCCGUCAACCGCAAGGAACCCCAACAAGCGCCCGCGCACGCUGCGCAUGGAGGAGCUCCUCGCCAAGAGCACCGAGCCCCCCAACGACGAGAUGGGUUCGCGCAUCCUCCAUGCGUACCUCACGCGGCUGCACGUGCGGUAUCCGUUCCUCGAUCGACUCGAGCUGUGGCGGUUGCACGAGGCCCGCUGGCGCCUCGCCAGCGCGAAGCGAGAAGAGCUCACCCCGGCCGAGCGGUUCGGCAUCUUCAAGCUGUACCUGGUGUACGCCAUCGGCGCGACGACCAUCCAGCUCAGCGAGAAAUACACCUACGUUCCGCCGGAGGUUGUUCCCCCCACCGACCUAUAUAAAACUGCUGCUGACACCCGCUCCGUCGAGAACAUCGAAGCCAUGACGCUCCUCGUCGUGUACCAUCUGCGCUCCGCCUCCAGCCAGGGCGUGUGGUACAUGAUCGGGCUGGCGAUGCGCACAGCCAUCGACCUGGGAUUGCACCGCAAAGCCAACGAGAUAAACCUGGACCCCGUCAGCGCGCAGAUGCGCCGGCGGCUCUUCUGGACGGUGUACUACCUCGAGCGCGUAGUUUCCAUGUCGCUGGGACGGCCGUUCAGCAUCGCAGACCGACACAUCGACCUCCCGCUUCCGCUCGACAUCGACGACGACGUGCGCGACCCAGCCCUCUUCACGACGCCAUCCCCCCGCCCCGACCGCAUCACCACCCUCACCUUUGCCAUCUACCUCAUCCGCCUGCGCCGCAUCGACUCCAAAAUCCAGCACAAGAUCUACCGCGCCGACCGCCCGCUGCACGCCCUUCGCUCCAAGAUGGACGCCCUCUUCCUCGAGCUCGAGGAGUGGAAGGACUCGGCCCUGCGCCGCUUCGCCGGCCCGGACCUCGACUACCCCAUGCUGCACUACAACCGCGCCCUGCGUCUCCUCAUCCAGCCCUUCCUCCCCGCCCCUGCCCCUCUCAGACCCCUACUACCACAUCUGCCUCCGCGCCGCCGGCGACAUCUGCCAGACCCACAAGCGCCUCCACCAGACCCUCGAGUACGGGCACUCCUUCCUCGCCGUGCAGACUGUCUUCAUGGCUGGCAUCACCCUGCUAUGAGCAAUGAUAUCCGCGCCUGCUCGACCGUGCUCUUCGUCAUGGGCGAGCGCGCCGCCUGGGUGAAGAAGUACCGCGACGCGUUCGAGUUGCUGGUGGGCGCUGCUAUGGAGAAGCUCGAGGGCAACGAUGCCGGUAAGAAGGUCGGCAUGGCCGAGCUGAUGACCGCCCAGCGCGGCGGCAUGCCGGGCAUGUUUCGAGCCCAGUCUGUCGCAGCCGGUCCCAUGCCGCCCACCACGGGACAGCCCUCGUACCAACAGCAGCCCCAGCCACCGCCGGAGCAGUCCAUCGACCCGACCCAGGACCACGGGGUGCGCAUGGCGAUGCAGCUGGCGCCGUGGAUCGACCUCGAAGAGGAUACGCUGUUCUGGAUGCCGGAUUUCGAGACGCUGGAGAGUCUGUCCGGGAAUCUGUGGAGCGCCGGUGAUCCAGCCCCGUUUGAUCCGUUGUAG